AUGGAUCUGCUCAAUUCAGUGAUAAGUUCAGUAACAGAUGUUUCAUUACAAAUAGAAAAUAUCAAUGAAAUUCAAUUGCAAAAAGAAAAAAGGAGAUACAUUAUUGCAUUAUUUGAUUCGUUUGAAUCUUUCGUGCUGUUUAAUGAAGUGUUAAAAAGAUUUGAAAAUGGAUCAUUUGGAUUUAGUGGAAGAGACAUAAAUGUUUUAGAAGGAUUAGCUGAUGUCGUGAAUUUUCAAAUUGAUAUGAUUUUCUUACCUAAUUAUGGAGAUUGGGGAAUAUCAUAUGAAAACGGAACAGCUACAGGAUCUCAGAAACAAUUGAUGGAUAACGAGACAGACUUAGUUAUUGGAGGUUUUUCUUUAGUAUAUUUCAGAACAUUUUUUCUUUCUAAUUCGGAAUCGUAUCUAACUACAGCAAGAACAUUUGUGAUUCCAUCAGGAAGAGCAUUCUCAGCUCUUGAAAAGUUGUUAAUUCCUUACAAUUUCUUCGUUUGGAUUGCUUUCUUGCUUUGUCUCGGUAUCGCAGUCAUUGUCAUUAUAACAGCUGAACAAAGGCAAUCUAAACUUCGAAGCCUAAUAAUCGGAAAUGAAAUCAAAACUCCAUUUAUGGAACUUUUAAUCGUGAUUUUUGGAUCGUCGUCACAUGUUCUGCCUUCAAAAAAUUUUUCUCGCUAUCUCCUUAUGAUGUUUUUGCUGUUUUGUCUCGUAAUGCGAACAAUUUAUCAGAGUGGAUUAUUCAAGUUUAUGCAGUCAGAUAAAAGGAAGCAAGGUGCAUCAACAAUCAAUGAAUUGAUGGAACAGGAAUACGAUUUUUAUCUAUUCGAAUUUGCUUUUAAUAUUUUAGAUGACGAUUCGAAAUUUAUGAAGAGAGCAAAAAUUAUUGAACCCAGUGAAAUGUUCGAGUAUUAUGAAAAAACUUUAGAUCCUAAUUUCAAAGGAGGAGUGUAUGCGUUACUAGAUGAAAUCGCAUAUUACAACAUGAAAAACAUUAAAUCACAUACAUUUCGUGUGUGUAGAGAGCCUAUAGUGACAGCCCAACUCGUUGUUUUACUUCAAAAAAAUUCUUACUUGCAAGAAGCUUUUGACCAAAAGCUUAUUCUGUUGAAAGCUUCCGGAUUAAUUGAUCAUUGGAUAUCUGAUUAUUAUAAUACUAAAUACAUAAAUAUUAAAGAAGCUAAAAAAGGCGCUGAGCCAUUGAGUUUCAAGCAACUUAUUGGAGCAUUUCAAGUUUGGAUUUUCGGCUUAUGUCUUGCGAUUUUAACUAUUUUGAUUGAAUUUAUAUUCAAAUAUAAGAAAAAUGUCGUAUUGUGUUUAAGAAAAACAUUUUGUAAAUGA